ACAUUAAUUUUGGUCAUAUGGGUGGAAGUGGUUGACGUUUAUCCUCAAUCAUAUUCAUCACUCUAAGCACACAAUAUUCACUCACACAACAGAGAAAAGAAAAAGAAGAGAAAUGGCAUCAUCAGGGUUGCAAAAUCUCAGCUUGCUCUACAACGAGGGUCCAAAAGUCACUCCAGCAUUUCAGCUGAAGCCGCCACCAUAUCCACUGAAUGCGUUGGAGCCAAUUAUGAGCGAGAAGACACUUGAGUUUCAUUGGGGGAAGCACCACAGAAGUUAUGUGGAAAAUCUGAAGAAACAAAUUGUAGGGACAGAGCAUGAGGGGAAGUCACUAGAAGCCAUUAUAGUCACAUCAUACAAUAAGGGUGACACUCUUCCAGCUUUCAACAAUGCAGCACAGGUUUGGAACCAUGACUUCUUCUGGGAGUGCAUGAAACCAGGUGGUGGUGGAAAGCCAUCAGGGGAACUCCUAGAACUGAUUGAAAGGGACUUUGGUUCAUUUGAAAAAUUCCUUGAUGAGUUCAAGACUGCUGCUGCAACACAAUUUGGUUCUGGUUGGGCUUGGCUUGCCUAUCAGUCAAGCAAAUUUGAUACUGGAAAUGGAGCAAAUCUUCCUUCAUCUGAUGAGGACAAGAAGCUAGUAGUGCUCAAGAGUCCCAAUGCUGUGAACCCCCUUGUUUGGGGUGGUUAUUACCCACUCAUGACCAUUGAUGUUUGGGAGCAUGCUUACUACCUUGACUUUCAGAACCGGCGCCCUGAUUAUAUAUCGGUGUUUGUCGAUAAGCUUGUUUCUUGGGAUGCAGCAAGCUCUAGACUUGAACGAGCUAAGGCUUUCCUUGCCAGUGCUGACAUUCAUCCUGCUAUAUGAUUUUGAAUUGGAACCAGUGAUUUAUCCGGAAAGUGAUGCUGAAUUGGAUGCAGAAUGAGUCAAUUAUUUUUAUCUAGAAAGUGGACUGUGGAUACUUUGGUAUCAAAGGUUAAAUCACUUGAGUCCUGCAUGUUAUGUUAUAAGGACAGGAAGUUUUAGUUCUCUCUGUGAGCAAUAAGGUUAUUUACGCCUAAACAAUCAGCAAAUAAUGCUAUGGUGCAGAACUUUAUGUUUUCUA